CUGCUAUUAGUAACCAUCUGGUAAAGUAGCUUUUUUAGACUGCUAGUUUAGCAGGCUUACGGUAGCCCUGUUAGUCAUAAUUCUGAGGAGUCCAGGCAAGCAAUAUGAGCCUACAGUAAAGCGUUGUUUUGCACUGUACAUAAAAAAAACAUGUGACUAGGGAGGGUAGGGAGUGGAUCAUGUGAUAACUGGUAAUGCUCAGCUAGAAGCCCCAAAAGGCGUGGGAGAGAGUCCUCCAGGAGGGAGUGUGAAGCUGUGUCGUACAGAAGUUUAAUUGCUUUGUUUGGGAAGCACCAAAAGCUUUGAUUUGGGUGUCUGUUCUUUUCCACUUCAUUUCUACGAACACAUACAGAGGACAGCAUGGACUGCGGAGUGAUUACAUCCAAGACAGUGUUGCUACUGAUCAGCUUAAUCUUCUGGGCUGCAGCCGCUGGCCUUGCGUACGUUGGCGGAUAUGUUCUUGACACCUACAGGAUCUACGACCCCUUCUUUCAGGACAAAUAUGCCCUCCUGCCGGCUGUUGUCAUUAUUUGUGUUGCUGUGGUGAUGUUCAUAAUUGGACUGAUUGGCUGCUGUGCCACCAUCCGCGAGUCCAAAGUUGGAUUGGGAGUUUUCCUGUUCAUUAUUCUGAUGAUCUUCAUUGCAGAAGUGGCAGCCUUUGUCCUUGGCUUCAUUUACAGAGGAAAGGUGAAAACUGAUUUGCAUGAGCCAAUGCAGGAAGCAUUCAGGCAGUAUGAUGGGAAAACCGAAGGGUCUCGUCUUAUAGAUUACUUGCAAAAGGAGCUUCAGUGUUGCGGAAUCCACAACUACACUGACUGGGUUAACAGCAGCUGGUACAAUUCGACUGGCAACCACAGCAUUCCCGUGAGCUGCUGCAAGCAAGCCUUUAAGACCAACUGCACAGGACAGCUCAGCGAGCCACAGUUCCUCAGCACAAAAGGCUGUGAAGAUAAACUGGUAACAGUGCUACAGAGUGUCCUCAGCUAUGCCAUGCUUGUCAUCCUAGGAUUUGCAAUUGUGAAGUUCUUCGGAAUGCUUAGUGUCUGUGUGCUGACCUGCAAGAGAGAAAACAAUGACUACCAGCCUCUGAAUUCAGGAGUAUUUGCUUGACAGCAGAAUGGAGCAAGUGACUCUCUGCUCUUCCAUGAUAAAAUGGAUUGGAAAAGAUGGCCCAAACAGAAAACAUUUGUCCACUUUUGUAAAAUGCUGAAUUGUAUCUCCAUAAACGGAAAGGAGAUCCCAGUAGCUUUCAAAAGUUUUAUUAAAUGUGAAAUUAUUUGGCUUUAACGUACAUAUCUAUUGAUGAUUCGGCCUGCGAAUUCUUUUUUUAACAUAGUUGAAUUAAGAUGAAUCGCUUUCCUUGAAAGAACAGCAGAUGAAGCUUUAUAAUAGAAAUCUUCCUUGAUCCAGCUGGAUUAUCUGCAUAUCGAAGUCGGUUUCUAGAUAUGCGGUGCACAGAUGUUGCUGACUAUGCUUGGUAACAAAUAUAUAUCCCCCCCCCUUUUUUUUUUACACAAACGAAUGCUGACAAUUGCUUGAGGUGACUAUUGGCAUUUACUGAUGUCUCAGUCUUUGGACAUUCAUAAAACUUGUCUGGUAUGGUUAGCAUUCAUCUGUGAAUGUCUGCAUUGAUCAUAGGUCUAGUUAGGCAAUGCAUAUGGUACCACAAGAUCUGGGGAUGGGCAUGUUGGCUUUGGGUGGAUGGAAUCAAAUGAUUUCGCUGCCACCACAACCACCAUCACUCUCUCACUCGCCAUCAAAUGAUAAUACAGAGGCUCUCUAGAUUGGCAGCCCAUGAUCCUGGGAUCAAUGCAUUUAGCCAGUGGUCCAGUUUAAGUGUUGCACUAGCAACGGUUCUCAACCUUGGGUCUCCAUAUGUUGUUGGACCACAACUUCCCUUAUCCUUGGCCACUGUAGCUGAGGAUGACGGAAGCUGCAGUUGCACAACAUCUAGAGAUUCAAGGUUAGGAACCCCUGCACAUAACCCCUUGCCGUAUCUCAGCCAACAUGUAAAUAAGAGCUCCUGGCUGGAUUGGGUCCAUGUGGAAGGGGGAAUCCAUACAUACUGUAUUUUAAUAUUUAUGUGCUGGAUUUUGUCUGAGAAUUUUUAUUGAGGGUAUGGCAAACUUUCAACAGCAAUUGGAACUGGCCUGCAUCCUAUGUUCUUAGAUUGCACUGAGAAACUAUCUUCAUUCCAGAUGUUAAAUAAAGUUUGAAGUGCUACUUACAAUGGUAUAGAAUGUAAUCAAAUGCAAGCUGAUGUAUUGAUUUAUUUAUGCUGUUCUGUUUUGCUUGUCUCUGGAGUGGUUACAUGUAUUUACUAUACAAUUUUUGUGUGUUUGUGAAGAGCAAUCUAGGUUAACAUUCCUGCUAUCGAAAUCCCCCCCCCCCAAAAAACACAACAAUUUUGCUUUAAUGACUUGGAGUUCCAAGAAUAACUGGACUAAGGAAAACAAGGACAUGAACGUUCAAUAAAACCUUUUAAAUUUUA